GUUUGACACCUCUGAGUUCUUGUGCUGUGUGUGUGUGUAUUUGUGAAAUUUUAAUUAGAUUUUGUUUUACUUCGCGUCGAUAAAAUCACUUGAAAAUGGAAACAAUCAUCAUAGAUGGUCCCCAUACGGCAACACCUUUGCCGCAACGACAGCAAAGGGGAAACAAUCCGGCAAAUAAAGUUAUUGGCAAGCACACAGCACCGAAACAAAAUGAUGGCCCCGAUGGCAGUCCUGCUGAAAAGAAGCCACGGUUCGGUGGCCCAAACAACCAGAAUGGCGGUCCCGCCGGCGGUGGUGGUGGCAACGUUGGCAGCGUUGGCGCUGGCGGUGGCGGUGGCCAGAAUCAAAAUAAGAAUUUCGGAAACAAGGGUGGAUUCGGCGGCAAUAAUCGCAAUCGCCGUGGUGGAAACCAAAAUAGACAAAAUUUUCAGGGUCCAAAUAACGCAAAUCAAAAGACAACUACUAAUGAAGCAGUAAAGCCGGAAGCCGCAAAUGUCGCUGAGAAAGUUAAUGAAUCUGUGGCUGCUAAGCAGCAGCCAACUCCCAAUGCAAACCAAGGUCCAGGGCAGGGUCAAGGACAAGGGCAAGGACAAGGGCAAGGUGGUUUCCGUGGUGGUCCUCGCGGCGCCGGCGGCGGUGGCAAUAACCAAGGAGGUGGCGGCGGCGGUAACCAUCCAGGAAGUGGCGGCAAUCAACCAGGAGGCGCUAACAAUCAUCCAGGAGGCGCUAACAAUCAUCCAGGCGUUGGUGGCAAUCACCAGGGAGGAGGUGGUGGUGGCAAUUACCAGGGAGGCGGCGGAGGUAACCAGCAACAGCAGCGAGAUCGCGGAAAUCGCGGUGGCGGCGGUCAACGUUUGGGCGGUGGCCAAGGCGGACCCAACAUGAGCAUGAUGGGCGGCGGUGGUGGUGGUGGCGGUCCACGCGGUGGUGGCGGCGGAGGCGGGGAUGAUUUCUUUAUUGGCCAACGUCUGCGGGCCAUUGCCGGACCCACUCUGGAGAUGCCACCCGUGGAGGUGCCCGAGGAGACGAAAUUCUCUGGCCGCAAUCGUCUGUAUGUGGGCAAUCUCACCGGCGACAUUACCGACAAUGAGCUGCGCGAAAUGUUCAAACCAUUCGGGGAGAUUGGCGAAAUCUUCUCCAACAUUGAGAAGAAUUUUACAUUCCUUAAGGUCGACUAUCAUGUGAAUGCCGAGAAGGCCAAGCGCGCCCUGGACGGUUCACUGCGCAAGGGGCGCCAGCUACGCGUCCGUUUUGCACCGAAUGCAACCAUCUUGCGUGUGAGCAACCUCACACCGUUCGUGUCCAACGAGUUGCUGUACAAGUCUUUCGAGAUAUUCGGCCCCCUCGAGCGGGCCAGCAUAACCGUCGACGAUCGCGGCAAGCAUAUGGGCGAGGGUGUUGUUGAAUUUGCCAAGAAGUCUUCGGCCAGCGCCUGUCUUCGUUUGUGCAAUGAGAAGUGCUUCUUUUUGACAGCCUCAUUGCGGCCCUGCCUGGUGGAGCCAAUGGAGGUGAAUGACGACAACGAUGGGCUGCCCGAGAAGGCCCUCAACAAGAAGCUGCAGGACUUCAACCAUGAGCGUAGCGUUGGUCCACGAUUUGCCGAUCUCAAUUCUUUUGAGCACGAGUACGGUUCCCGUUGGAAGCAGCUGCACGAUCUGUACAAGAGCAAGCAGGAUGCCCUCAAGCGUGAGCUCAAAAUGGAAGAAGACAAGCUGGAUGCUCAGAUGGAGUACGCUCGCUAUGAGAAAGAAACAGAGCUCCUGCGCCAAGAGCUGAGAAAACGCGAAGUGGACAAUGAACGCAAGAAGAUGGAAUGGGAAAUGCGCGAGAAGCAGGCCGAGGAUAUGCGCAAGCGUGACGAGGACACUAUGCGUCGCCAUCAGAGUGAAAUGCAGACACGCAUGGUGCGUCAGGAGGAGGAUAUGCGUCGUCGCCAACAGGAGAACACGCUGUUCAUACAGGCACAGCAGCUGAAUUCGCUGCUCGAUCAGCAGGAGGGCUUCGGUGGCAAUGGCGGCGGCGGUGGCGGCAAUAACUCUAGCUUUGACAAUUUUGGAGGCAAUAGCAAUUCUCCCUUUGAAGUUUUUAGAGGCAACAAUAACAAUUCAACUAUGACUGGAAAUAACUCUGGUCCCAACGGACCCAACAAACAGGACUCCUUCGCUUUUGAAUUUGGGGUUAACAAUAUGAACCAAGGCGGCAAUCAGCGCGGAAAUAAUGGCGGAGGAAAUAAUGUCCCAUGGGGACGUCGUCGUUUUUAAGACAAAACACACAACUGGAUUAAUCAAAUAUACACACACAACACAAAAUGCGGAUGAUAUAGUUAAACACUUUUGACUUUUUCACUCCAUUCCCAGUGAAAUUAAUUAAACAUAAAAAAAAAAACUCUGCCUGUCGCUAGCAAAAAACAAACGGAACGAGCCGCUUUUAUCUUCAAUGCACUCAAGCUUAAAAAUAUUUGAUUUAAAUAUUGUCACGAUCAAAAAAGAAUAAUAAUAAUAUAUACACAUAUGUAUCAAUCGAUCGGAUAAUAACCAAGGAAGCGAUGCAUGCAACAAAUGCCACGCGUGAAGCGUACGAGAACAGAGAAACAGAAAACAGAAUUUCCAUCAAAUUUUAACCAUUAUGUACAUCUAAUUAAUCAUAUGAUAAUUUUAGAGUUAUGUAGUGACUAUAUUCUUGCAGUAUGUCAACCUUUCUUUCUUUUUUUUGUCUAUCAUUCGAUUCAAAUAUAUAAAGAUAUAUAAUAAUUC